AUGAAUGCCACCUCGGACUUUCCGGGGAACUGUCAAACUAAUGUGUACACUUUGAAUGACUUUGGCGAAAUAGCCUACAUUGUAUGCACAGCAGCCAAUCCGCCGACCCAUGACCCCUCAGCAUUUGCCGCCACGCCUGAGAAUAUCCUUGCCCGGCUUCGAACCACUGAACGUCAGUUUAGGGAGAACUCCAUUCUUGCUGCCCUUGAUGUUGAAGCCCGACAGCUGUUUACCUUCUACAAGAAGGUCGAUAUCACCGCCCCAAAGGAUCAGAAGGCCUUGCUGAUGAAGUUUGGUUUCGUCCUUCGAAGCAAUAGCUGUACCAUUGCGUACAAGACUGCUGCUCGCUUACCAGACUUGAUGAAACCAGAACAAGCUCGUCUGUACCGAUUGUUUAUUACCGCCAUCGUCUCUAGCGUCAAGCUCUUCCCUGUCGGCAAUACUGCCCUGCAAGCGGUCGGCUCCAACCUCUACUUGGUCGAGACCGCUCCACCUGCAACCGAGCACGACAGUUUUGCCGAAAGAAGAACAUGGGUUCUCUAUCGCAUAGACUUGCAGGUGGCCCUCAAUGGACAUAUUGUCUUGACCAUUGCGAAAGACAGUAAGCUCUCGUUCUUGCCCCUCCAUCAUUGUCUCGCGGGAGCCGAUAGCGAAGCCCGCCGUUCGGCCUUUAGGGCCGUCUACCUUGCACCAGUUGGGCGCAUUGCACGAGUCUCGCUCUCAAAACUCGCUGCCCAGAGAGAUCUGAAUGGUGGCCUGGCCGAAGAACACAGCGGCGAGGCACCGAUCUCCGAUACGCGAAGGGAAACGUGGAGACACCUACUCCCUUCAUGGUUGAAAGAGCAUAUGGAUAUUGCUAUCCAAGCGUCAGAUGUGCUCUGGAUCGAGGCUGAAGUGCCUGUCGAGGAGCUAGGCCACAUCUCGAACAACAAUCAAGCAGAUGUUACGAAUGCGGAAGGUGGCUCCGGCAACCCAAUCACCUGGAAACCGAUCUUUUGGCCCGCAAAUCUCUGCUUUGUCCUCGAGGGUAACUCAACGGCACAAACGAGCAUCAUUGAGGAUGACAGUGACCCUAUACAAUUUGCUGGAGACUGGAUUCUCGGCAUCGGUAGCGCCCCAACCAAGACGGAAACUGGAAGCCAGGUCUUUAAGGAGGAUGAGGAGGACGAACCCUUGUUUGCCGACGAUGGCACAUUUGACGACCCAGAACACUUCCAACCAUUUGGACCUCCCGCAUUCCCCGCUAGUCAAACAAUAUAUCCAACUCCACCCGAUGUGGGCAUAACCCAUCCGACCCCAGGCCUCUCCUCUGUCGACGGGGUGGUGAUGACUCCAGUAAAUCUGUCUGGCGGCUCUGCCGAGUUGGCCCAACAACAUGAUGAGGAGAUGCCAGACUAUGAUGAUGUGCCACCCACGAGUGCGAUGUCCGGAUAUUAUGAUGAAGACCUCUUUGAGGAGAUGCCGGACGACAACUUCGGCAAGGAAGCAAAUGGUGACGAACCUAACUGGGACUUCUUCGAUGGCCCAGGUGUCCCGCCGAAACAGUCGCGCAGCGCGAGCCACAGUCGAAAGGAGGGCUCAACGAGCCGUGGCGAUCACAAGCAAGAGCGGGUCGAUCCCAGCGAUGCGAAGACUGAUGGAGGCCCGCUUCAUUCCGUCAAGAAUGAAACAAUUACAGUGGGCGAUUCGCCACAUAUACCGACAGGUGCCCAGCCACAGGUGCCUAAAGCUCAGACUGCCGGCAAGGACACUGCCCUAUCGCUAAAUGAUGACAAGGUAAUUCAAAGCCCGCCCAAGCCGGCGCCUCCAUUGUGGGAAAGCGAGCAGGGGAGGGCCACUGCUUCGACCAUCAACACUCGACGCCGUUCAUCGAUUUAUGACAGUCCCAAGGCCCUCCAUUCGAUUCCGAUACACGAUAGCAGAUACGAUGCAGAAGGGGAAUAUUGGUUUAAUCCCUUACCACUUGUUUCUAGAUUGAGAACGCGACCCAAGUCUGGUUCGGUGUUCGAAAGACCUUCCAGCCCAUCUGACAGUGACAGCUCCAUGACCAGUCUCAGUCAGUCGCCGAAGGCCAAUAGCACAGGCAAUGUAGUCCCUCCGCCUUUCCGACAAUGGACCGAAUACGAUCCGGGUUCCCAAGACGCCAACAGCCACCAGAAAGAGUUUGACAAGAAGACAAUUCAACAAGAAGUCCUACAGCUUCUUGGUCUUAUGAGGCCGGUCCUGGUGGAACCUCCCACGGCUAAUGAUUUCGAGCUGGAUGAACCAGAUCCUCACAAAACUCCUCUCACUACCUCGCAGAAACCCCAGCACGUGGCGCAAGUGCUGGUCGAUCAAAUGUCCCAGACAUCUCUGCUUGCUCACGGAGAAUAUCAGGGCGACAUGCGGAUUUCUCCUGGCGAGUGUAUCGAAAUGAACGUUGACUUGAGCGGAAUCAAUACAUCUUCAGGUCCGUCAAACUUGUUUCAACUUACCAAUCUCAAAGUCGAUCACAGCAGCACAAGGGUCCAAGGACGUGUGAUUAAGAUCAGGGCGAGUCAGAUAUGUCUAAGGCGUAUCGAACGGCCUCUCACCGCAAAUAUAUCCAUAUUGAAUUUCUGGGAUACCCUUGAUCUCCAGCCUGCAAACGGCCAGAAACAUGUUACCGCUUUUUGCAUACACCCACACCGAACAAAUAUCAGAGACGGUUGUCUUAACCUGUUGCAGAGACUUUCGGAUUCUUACACCACUUGUGAUCUAGGAACCCAUACUAUUGGACACCUCCCGGGCGUUACAGAUGACGGUUUGAUAUCGUGGAACCCAGAUGAUCCGGGAGAACGCAGUCUGGUUCAAUGCACGACCAUCGUUGGAAGCGCCCUCGCGGCGACGACAAGCAUAAGUGGCACUGUUGUUGUCUACAUGGUUAGUAGGGGCGAGAGUCCGACGGCAUAUCUAGAGAUGUGCAUUGCAUUUUACAACCUCUUCGAGGCGUUUUCCAGAGCCCGCACCAGUAGUGUGUGCGUUUCAGACCUCCAGUUGCAGAUCGUCCCACAGAGUUUCAUCGCGAACACGGAGACACUGAUUAUCCGUCCACAGACAGCCUACUUCAAGCUGGCCGUCGAGGUCUACAACCGGCUCCCACCUCUGGAUUCUGCAGGACAUCCAUCUGCUUGUGGAUCGGCUGUCGUCCUCUCCAGGUCAGAAAACACCGUGCGCUUACAAUUGUCACCCACAUAUGUUUCGCCACUGGAGAAGAAUGGUCCUUGUCUCCACCUGGCAUACUCCAUGAGUCUGGAUAAGAAAUGGCUUGCCGCAGCCUGGACGGAUGAGCUGGGCCACACCGCGCUUAGCAUGUCCUAUUGUUCUCACGUGCAUAAGUCGGGCAGAAGGAGGCCUAGACAGGAGAUUCUGAAAGAGAUGUGGGAGGUGUCUCAUGACCUCAUGAGCAAAGUUCGUGGAGCAUGGCGGCUGGCUGUUGUGAGGCACGGCUACUUUGAACCAGCAGAGCUUUUGGAGUGGCAACGGAUUGUUGAUGUUUCCCCUACGCCGCAGAAACAAUGCCUGCUUUUGCUCCUUUCCAUCCAGCUGCAGCCAGAACUGGCAGUGUUUCCACCACCACCGCACGGGAAACCCACCCUGUCCGGUGCGCACAACCAGUAUGGGACACCCGUCUCGACGCCACAAGCCAGCAUAACGUCUCCAGACCAGGCUGUCCCGGCUACACCCACGCCGGGUGGUAGCUCGUUCAUGAAUCCUUCGACUCCCUCUGAUCCCGGUUUCGACCCAAAUACCGAGAGCGAUCUUACAAUAGUCGAUCCGUCUGAAGAGAGCUGGGGGAUCAUUCUCCCAUAUGGCAUUAAUCAGUCCAGGAGUAUGACUGAGCUUCGUCCCUCUCAAGUUACAGGAUUCCUCAUGAAACGCCGAGGGCCUAGAGGAGAGGAUGGAUAUAACAUGAUUGAGAUCAGUCUCCUCAAAUCGAUAACCCAAACUUCCAACAAGCCGAACGAGGUAAUGCCGGACGACUUACUGGACGAUGUCAUCAGACAAUAUCGUGGCCUUGUAACCCUUGGGGCUAGUCGAGGCUGUGUGGACCCAAGUCGCGAAUGCCUUCCCUGGCAUAUAGCGACCGCGAUCCGAGGCGCCCGCAUACUUGAGCAGGCCAUGUAA